UCGACGGGCGAGCCUGCUGCCGCCGCCGCCGCCGCCGCCGCCGCCAUGGCAACCGCCAAGCGGCUGGCGGCGCCGCCUCUGUGGCCAAUAGAGGCCAGAUUGGCGGCGCUGCUCCCCGACCUACUGGUCUUCAGGAAGCCCAGGGGAUCCGAACCCGAGCUCGCCACGGCCCAGGGCGUCCUCCUUGGCGUCCACGUGACGGGGUUUACAGCGUUAAUGGACAGGUUCAGCCUGAGCUGCAAGUUGGAACAUGACAUGGACAGACUGGCCCGCAUCUUCAGUUAUUACAUUAGUGACAUCGUGGAGCAUGUGCUCUGUUUUGGAGGAGAUAUCCUAAAUAUCACAGGGAAUGUACUCCUAGCACUCUGGACAGUGGAACAAAAUCAACUGAGUGACAUCAUUACUCUGGUGGCAAAAUGCAGUCUCGAGAUACAGGAGAAAUUUGGGAUCUACCAUACCAGAGAAGGCCAGGACCUGCAGCUAAAGAUAGGUCUGUCUGCAGGUCGGAUUUCCCAGUUUAUUGUUGGAGAUGAGCAGCGACAGUACCUCUUGGUGAUUGGGCGGGAUGUCGAUGGUGUCCAGUUAGCUCAACGGUUGGCUCAAGCAAAUGAGAUUGUCCUGUCCUGGAACUGCUGGAAGCUCUGUGAGCAGUACAUGUUUGAAGUGGAAAUCAUGAGGGAGGAUGAAGCUGUGAAGUUAAGAGAUAUGCGGAUCAUUGACCCAUUUGAUUUUGAUGAGCAUUUUUACAAGUGCCUCGAUUAUCUGCCACAUUACCGGACAAGUGCUGACAUUCUAAGAACUGCCCUGGAGUUGGAUCCAGAUUCUGCACUUGAGCAAACCCUGCGGAAGCACAUAAUGAAAAACCUUUUGAAGAAGAUUGAUGAAGGCCAGCCUAUGGAGUACAUAUCUGAAUUCCGUACUGUGACUAUAGUUUUGGUCAGCCUCGAGUUCCACAAGACAGCAUGGAUGUUGCAUUUGUGUCAUCUUAUCCAGGAGGCUGCAUUGUACAUCUCCACAGUGAUAGAGAAAGGGGGUGGCCAGCUGAGCCGGAUCUUUAUGUUUGAGACAGGCUGCAUGUUCCUCUGUGUUUUCGGCCUUCCUGGUGAUAAGAAGCCAGACGAGUGUGCACACGCCCUGGAGAGCUCCUUCAACAUCUUCAGCUUCUGCUGGGAGAAUCUUGCUGAGACCAAGCUUGUUUCCAUCAGUAUCACCAAUGGACCAGUAUUCUGUGGCAUGGUUGGGGCAGUUUCAAGACACGAAUAUACAGUUAUUGGCCCAAAAGUAAGCCUCGUGGCAAGAAUGAUAACUGCUUAUCCGGGUUUGGUGUCCUGUGAUGAGGUAACAUAUCUGAGAUCUAUGCUACCUGCUUACAACUUCAAGAAACUCCCAGAGAAAAUGAUGAAAAACAUCUCUAACCCAGGGAAGAUAUAUGAAUACGUUGGCCAUAGAAGAUGUAUAAUGUUUGGGAAGAGACAUUUGGCCACAGAGAGAAAUAAAAAUCACUCUUUGCUAGACCGGGAGAAAGAACUGGAAGCUUUCCGAAUGGCACAGCAGGAAUGUUUGCACCAGAAGAAGGGACAGGCAGUUCUAUAUGAAGGUGGAAAAGGCUGUGGAAAAAGUCAGCUCUUGGCUGAAAUAAACUUCCUGGCCCAGAAGGAAGGGCACAGGGUGUUGCCAUUGAAGCUGAAGAAAGCAGAUUCCAAGCAGUGCUUCUAUGCCAUCCAGACCCUCAUGGCCAUCUUCUUUGAGAUUGAUACAUGCCCAGCCCAUUACCGGCAAGAGCGCCUCCACAAACAGCUCUGUGGGAUAGUGGAGGAACCACUUCACUGCCUUUUUAAUGACCUCUUCUUUGUGAAGUUUCCCUUAUCCUUCAAAGUUUCACACAUGGAUGACCUGGCCAGACAACAGAAGAUUAAAACAUGUUUUUUUGAAGUGCUUCAGAAGGCAGUAAGGGAAACACCGCUGAUUUUCCUCAUUGACGAGGCCCAGUAUAUGGAUGCAGCUUCCUGGGAGUUUUUGGGAACAUUGCUCUCCGCUGUGCCCGUCAUCGUGGUGAUGACAUUGACCCCUACCUCCACGCUGUGUGGCCAGGCCCAGCACUUCCUGCAGACCCCUCCAGCUGUCCUGGUGCCCAUUUCGAAGUUGGCAGCGACCUCACUGUUGAGAAUGGCAUGUUGGGAACUGGGGGUGGUGAGCAUCCCCCAAGAGCUGCAGAUCUACCUUCUCCGCAGGUGCUUUGGAAACCCCCUUUACUGUGAGGUCUUAUGCCAGGAUCUUCUCUCUAAAAACAUAUUGUGCUUUCAUGACCUCCAAAAGGAGGAAGUGGAGAACAGCAAGUGGGAGACACUCUCAGCCAAUGCCGUGAAAUCCACAAUGUACAGUAUUUCUCCUGCCAGCUCUGAAGGCCAGGAACUUUACGUCUGCACAGUCAAGGAUGAUGUGAACUUGGAUACAGUGCUCCUUCCACCAUUAUUAAAAGAAAUAGCAGUGAACCAACUAGAUCAACUGAGCCCAGAGGAACAGUCUCUGGUUAAAUGUGCUGCAGUCAUUGGUCACUCCUUCCACAUAGAUCUGCUGCAGCACCUCCUGCCUGGCUGGAGUAAAACUAAGCUACUUGAGGUACUGAAGGAUCUUGUGGAUGUACACGUGCUCCGCUGGUGCAGUAAGGGCCAAGCGCUUCCUGCUGAGCCAAUGUUAGUGCCUUCCUCUGUUGAGACUGAGCAUACCAAAGAGGAGACAAAGUCAGAUGCUGACUCUCCUCUAAAGCUACAAGAGGAACUAUCCCUACCUCAGACAGAGGUGCUUGAAUUUGGAGUGCCUCUUUUGCGGGAAGGGGCUUGGGAGCUGUGGCCCAAGGCACAGCAAACAGCCCUACACCUUGAAUGUGCCUGCUUUCUUCGAGAUCUGGCCUGCCGCUGUGGGAGCUGUCAGGGGGGAGACUUUGUCCCCUUCCACCGUUUUGCCAUCUGUUCCACUAAGAGCUCCAGCGGGACCUCCCGAUUCUGUAGCUACAAAGACACUGGCUCAAUACUAACACAAGUGAUCACAGACAGAUUGCAGCUGCCUUCUCCCCAAGACACUUUUCAGUUCCAGACAGAAUCAUCCAGAAGUCAGGAGGCCUUCACAAGGGAAUACUGCAGAACAGAGGAAGAGUUCCUGGAUAAAGUGAACAGGAAACUGGCUCAGACCAAUCCCAAGAAAGGCAUGUUGACCACGAAGCCCUGCCACUGUAGGGAAGUCCUGAAGCGCGUGCUCUCGCCCCUCACCCAGCACUGCCUGGUCAUUGGAGAAACCACUUGUGCAUUUUAUUACCUGCUGGAAUCUGCCGCUGCCUCCUUGGAUCUGUCAGAUAAUUACAUGGCCUUCUUUUAUUUGAGGAAGGCAAGCAGUCUUCUGGGCCAACCCUCCGCAUUCUCAUUUUUUAAAAAGCACAAGAUGAAGAUCUGUCAGUUUGAAGAAGCCACUUUCUGUCGUCUCCAGUCGGAGGUCUGUUUCAACAUGGGACAGAUCACCCUGGCCAAAAAACUGGCUAGGCGAGCCCUUCGUCUGCUGAAAAGGAGUUUUCCCUGGACCUGGCUUGGUGUCAUUUUCCAAACAUUUCUAGAAAAAUGCUGGUAUUCCUGUUCCCUGAGUCAACCUCGAAACAACCCUAGUGAGAAGAAGAAGAAGCUGGCGGUCCUGCAGCAGCAGCUGCACUGUCUGUCUCUGCUCCGGCAGCUCUACAGCCUGGAGGCCACAGCCAGCAGCCGCAGGUUUGCCUGCCUGGCCACUCUUAUGCAGAAGAACUCAGUCAAGGAGUUUCCUGGUGAAGCCCAGGCUGUCUCCACCUAUGUGGCCCUCUCCCAGUUCUCUCAGAACGUGGGUGACAAGGACGAGUGGCUGCACCGUGAGCAGCUGGCCAUUCAGAAAAGCAGCCUGUGUUGGUUCUCCAGGGAGGGGCUGUUAGCCACAGCCCAGCUCAUGCAGGCCUUGGCCUACACCAAACUCUGCCUUGGGCAUCUCGACUUCUCCAUCAAGCUGGGUUUUCAAGCUCAUGAGAUAUGCAGACACCUCAAGAAACCAGCUCUGGAGAAUCUGGUUCUCUCAGUUCUCUUCAGAUCUGCAUUUCUGAAGAAGAAAUUUGAUCUGUGUGUCCAUGUGCUGGAGAGUCAGUGGGCGCUCAUUUCCCAGAGUCAUGAUGUCCUUGGCCAGGCCUGCUUCUAUUCUGCUUGCUUAGAUCUGCUGCUCUACGGAAAAGGAUGGCUGUGUCGGCCCUUUGGGGAAUGUCUGCAUUUCAUUCAACACUAUGAGCACAGCUGCAUUCUAAAUUCUCAGAGCAAUGUCAUGCUGGGGGUCCACUCCUCUCUGGCCAUGUGGUUUGCCCAGGACUCACAGUGGAAUCAGUUUGAGUACCACUUCUCUAAGGCUCGCCAGUUGGUGAAAGGAACCGAUGCCUCACUAUUUGGUUCCCAUGGCUUUGUCCGAUUCCUAGAGUGCCAUGUGCUAGUGUUACAGAAAAUGCCAGAGGAUGUCUUCCUGCAAACUCUUGCAGAGACUCGCCGCCAAACCCUCACGUACUUUAAGGAGUUCUUCUCUCGAUGUGUGACCUGCCCUGUCUAUCACCAGUGGGUCUCUGAGCUUAAAGCCUUUGUAAUGAGAAAUGGAAAGAUGUCCUUGACCAACAUCAUCAGACCUUUUGACACCUGCCUGACCAGGAUUUGGAUAGAGGGAGAAUUCCUGGAGGAAAAUAACUCCUUUGAACAAAACUUGGAAAUACAAAGAUUUGUCAGAGAGGCUGGUGUCAACAAGAAGGAUAAAGAAGAAAUUCAAGAAUGUAUCUGUUAAAACAGUCAAACAAAAAUCCUCCGAAGGGACCGUGAUUCUUUUAUUACAUGUAACACAAAGCUGUGCCCCCAAGUCUCCUUUUUAAGAUGCUGUAUAUAUACAUAUUAAAUAUGCUAGCCUUUUAUAGUCACCACUAUCUGUAUAUCUUCAUAAAAAUAAAAGCAUGUAUUUCUAAAG